AUGGCAUGCCGUCACUUACAUGAUUAUUCCGGACAAAGCUGCCAUCUCCAGGGAGUCUGCGAUGCAUGUCCGCGCCUUCUCGUUGUUGAUAAACAGAUCGAAGUGCUACAGAAUACGAUAACUCGACUCGUGAAACUGCGGACGGAAGUCAAGAGACGUAUCAAUUAUAAUCACGAUAGUUUGCUAGGCCGUCUUCCUGUGGAGAUUAUAUCUAUGAUAUUCGUUUUCUGUGCGUCCGGUCCUCUACCAAGUCGGACACAGGUUACCACUGUGCUGAAACCCGCAAAUGCUCCUAUGAGACCAGUUAUGUUAGAGCCAGGUCUUCUGCUAGGCAGUGUAUGUAGGUAUUGGAGGCAUAUCUCAAUAAAGACACCGCAACUUUGGACGAGGGUUGCUAUCGAUCUAUCUCGGGAUAUCGGCAAACUCAACUUGAUCGAAGGAUGGCUGCGUCGUUCCGGUGGUUUGCCACUGAAUAUAAUACUUAAAUCCCGCUACACUUCUCUUCCUCCCGAGCUGGAACCGCUGCUAUCACUCCUCAGGUCACAAGCAACUCGGUUGGCUACGCUAACGUUGUCUAUGCCUCCAAACGCAAUGCGCGACAUAUUCAUCAGGCUCCCGGCACCUACGCGAUUGCAUUUUCUUCAUAUAAUAGUAAAGGAUGUCGGGGAGUCGCCUUUAGCACCUAUUGUUCUGGAGCAUGCAUUGGCACCCACCUUCAUGAAAGUAGAAAAAUAUUGUCCCCCCCAAACCUUUGUGAGAUGGGAUAAUCUGCGUUGUGUCGAGCUGGAAUCAAUCCAGAUGGAUGCCCUAGUUCAUAUCUUUGCCCACGGAACGAGAUUGGACGUGGUGAGAGCAUACAAAAUCAAAGAACGAGGAUCCACUUAUCCAUUGCCUUCUUCGCCCAUCGUACAUUCUGGUAUCAGAUCCCUGUCCACUGAGGCAUGUCGAGCAGAAGAUAAUUUUCUUCAAUAUAUACGUCUCCCAGGCCUAGCAUCCUUGACUUACGAUGUUAAAUUGGAUGCUCGCGACCUCCAAAGAGCGCACAACCUCCUGGUCAACUUCCUUCGUCAUUCCGCGUCGUCCUUGAAUCACUUUCGCAUUAACUACAAAGUCGAUGUUAACUAUGAGGCCUUCCCUGAUUGGAAAGACCAAUGGAAGGCUCUCCCGCAACUCACCGCCUUGGAGAUUGACAUAACAACAGGCGAAGGCGAAGAGGACGUGCUGUAUCUGGAAGAAGAAAUGUCAGAUUUUAUCGACGCUUUUUUCCGCGAACUUGCAUAUGAUCGAGAACCAGUGGUCCUACCGAACCUCCAAUGCCUAAUCAUAAAGACAAAUAUGUUCGCUCAAGAAAAUUGGAUUCUUUUUGCUAACAUUAUCCCACCAGGCGAGCCUGCAAGUUCGAGUGAAUCUAAUCCUAUCGAUGUCAGCACGUUAAGCCUUGAUCACGGCACAAUGACCCUCCCUGUCCAUGGAUCCAAAAGGCCACUAAAGAGAAUCAUUGUCCAGAUGAGAGUCACUUAUCAGAGUUUGGAGGACUACAUGCCAGAAUCCCUCUGGCUUCGGUUUAUGGACCUUCAAAAGAAAGGAUUGACUCUCAUCGUAGAAGGACCAGAUGGCGUCGAUCUGUUGGCGCGGAUGGCAGAGUUCUAUGAUUUCAAAGAUGUGGACAAUCCGUAUGAUGAAUCCGAGACUUCCAGCGACGAUUCAGAUGAAACAGGUACAGAUGGGUCACAUAUAACGGAUUCUGAAGGUGGCGCAGAGGGCCCACAAGACACCGAUUCUGAUGCGGAAAAUCCGCUUCAGGAUGUUGACGCUGAAUAG